AUUGAAUUUAAAAUCUAAUAAUUUAGUUUAAACAUUUAUUUAGGAUUAAUAUUAUAGUUUAUAUUAUUUAAAGUUUAUUUUAUCAAUAAACUGAUUUAAACUAAUUUUUAUAAUGUUUAAAAUUCAACUAGCAACUGUUGUUGUUGUAUUAUUUAUAAUGCUGAUUUCCAUGAGCCAUCAAGUAGACCCGAUACAACCGGUCAAGUUUGAUAUGGUGGCAAUUAAUCAGCGAAACGGUUUCGGUACUAUUGCCACAAAACUGAAAUCCCGUCUCGAAAUAAUGGGCAACGGUUUGGACAAAUUUUUUGCCGCAUUCGCCAACGCACCCGUAGAUACCGGUGAUGAUAGCCUAUUGUUUAUCAUACGCGACGAUUUGGGUGAGGUAUUGACUAAUUUUGCCAACGAUAUGGACGCCUUUGAGCAACAAUUUACAAAAAAAUCGGCGAAACAAGCAGCCCAAGCGGUCAAACGGGUCGGACAGUUACUCAGACAACUCGCCGGGGAAAUCGGUGUAAUUAUUACACCACUAGUCGUCGGACAGACACGUAAUGGCAAACCAUUAGUUAAUCAGAAUUUAGGUUUGUUUACCCAGAGAUUGGCGUCAAGUGCUGGUCAAAUGUUGACUACGGAGGAGUCACCUAAAUGGGUAUCCACUGUAUUGGUGGAUGUAUUUGAAACACUAGCCCAGGCUAGCAGUCAGUCUAUACAAUCUAAUUUAGAUAGGAUUAAAGCCCAGUCCAAACAAACUGGUGGUCAACUAUCCAAACAAUACCAAACCGUUCAACUGGUUGGCCAUAAAUUGGACAAACAGUUGAAGAAAAUUGUCGAUAUUUGUAAAAAUGUCGAAAAUCAGUAAUAAUAAUAAUAAUAAUUAAUUUUAUGUUUUUUAAAA